UCGGUGAUAUCCUUUUACAUAACAAGGUCAUUUGGUCGUUGACUUUUUGUUUUCUUCUUCACCUCCUCCUGCCCUGUUUCUAUCUUCCUGCAAUUCAGCCGUCAACUCCACCAAUGGCGGCACUCACCCGCCUUCUCAAACCCUCUUCAAUCUCCUUCCUUUUCACAAGAUCACUUUCCACCACCACCACCGCCGCCGCCGUCAUCUCCGAUAUCGAAUCUGAACACCCUAAUUUCUCAGAUCCCAAAUCUUCCAGAAACUUCCAAUGGGUGUUUCUCGGCUGCCCUGGUGUCGGAAAGGGCACAUACGCUAGCCGCCUUUCCAAUCUCCUCGGCGUCCCUCACAUCGCCACCGGUGAUCUCGUCCGUGAAGAGUUAUCUUCCUCUGGACCCCUUUCUCAUCAGCUUGCUGAGAUAGUGAAUCAAGGGAAGUUGGUUUCUGAUGAAAUUAUAUUCAAUUUAUUGUCAAAAAGACUUGAAGUUGGAGAAUCGAAAGGUGAAUCGGGAUUUAUUCUUGACGGUUUUCCUCGAACUAUAAGACAAGCUGAAAUUUUAGACGAGGUAACAGAAAUUGAUUUGGUGGUGAAUCUGAAACUGCGGGAAGACGUAUUGGUUGAGAAAUGUUUGGGAAGAAGAAUAUGCAGUCAAUGUGGAAAAGGUUUCAAUGUUGCAUCAAUUAACGCAAAAGCAGAAAACGGUAGACCGGGAAUGAGCAUGGCCCCACUUCUUCCACCUCAGCAUUGUGCCUCAAAGCUCAUAACUCGUGCCGAUGACACUGAACAAGUUGUCAAAGAACGACUUCGUGUGUACUAUGAAAAGAGUCAACCGGUUGAAGAUUUCUACAAAAGUCAAGGGAAAUUAAUGGAGUUUGAUUUGCCUGGAGGGAUCCCAGAAUCAUGGCCAAAGCUGUUGGAAGCUCUUAACCUCGAUGAUUAUGAGGUCAAAAGAUCAGCAGUGGCAUAAAAGAUUAUUAUAUUAGCACCUUUUCUUUAUAAUUAAUAUUAUUUGCAUGCAUGAUUGAGCAUGCACACCAAAUUUUGGAUAAUAGAAUAAAGAAAAUACAGUUGAUUUUUUUUUUUUUUUUUUGGUUUUUUCUUGAAUAACCGAACAUGAGGAAUCUUUGUUAGCUGUCUGUCAGCUUUGAAUAUUUGUUGUACGUUGUAACAUAUAACAUGAAAACAUAGUCUUGACUCAAGACUGUCUUGAGUCAAGACUCACCCGUUAAAGUAUGAAAGGUUUAGUGACCUUUUGUAUUUCAA